UUCAUAUUAUGCAACAAUCAAUUAUAAUUAUAAAUUAAAUACUUAAACGGAAAGCAUGCUUUUUGUGCCUUCCAAUUUGUUUAUUGGAUGAGUUUGGACUAAAUGUACUCCGAGAUAAAGUAGGAUAACGAGAAAUGGCGAACAUGCAGCUGGACUACUCCUCCACUGGUCAGGACGACUGGCAGGACGGCCGAACGCUCAUCGAGGCAAGCGACUAUAUGCUGCAGAACGAGGUCGCGUGUGACGUCAUAUUUCUGCUUGGGGACGGCCAGACAGAGAUGGCGGCCCACCGUUACGUAAUGAUGGCCCGAAGUCCCGCCUUGCAUCGCUUGUUCAAUACGCAUGAGGUGAAGACGAACCUCGCCGUCAGCAUCCCGGAUAUUUCAUCUGAGACUUUUAAAGACGUUCUUACGUACAUGUACACGGAACACGUGGACAUCCACGGUGAGAACGUGGGUUCCCUGCUUCACGCGGCCCGCCGCCUCGAGGUGAACGGCCUCUCGCGGCUCUGCUUCAAGUUUCUCGACCAACAUAUGUCGGUCGGAAACGCCUGCCGCAUCCUGGAGCAGGCGCACAGGUUCCAGGAGACGGGGCUGUUCGAUAAAUGCCUAAAGUUCAUCCACGCCGGCGGAUAUGACGUUCUGCGCACGCACGGGUUUACCGACCUGUGCUCGGAAUGUGUGACCGCCGUAAUAAAGUCUGACAAUCUCAAGGCAGAGGAAGAGCUUGUGUUUGAGAUCAUGAUUGGCUGGGCGACCGCUGAGUGCCGCCGUCGGAAGCUUCAACCUACAGACGCCAACAGGCGCGUAGCUCUCGGAGAAAUUGUGUACCACAUUCGGUUCCCGACGAUGGACGUGACGUACUUUACUCAAAAAGUGUCUUUUCGCGACAUCCUUUCGGAAGACGAAGCCGUCGCUAUAUUCCAGUACUUUCACGGAGAAGAGAGACACUUGUCUAGAAAGUUUAAUCGCAAUGAAAGGAAUAGAUUAAAGAACAGAAAACCGCUAGGUGAACAGAAGCGAAAUACACGACAGGGAAAGAAAGUGGAAAUGACGACGGCUGAAUACGUCGAAUCACGCCAGAUGUUGAGAGUUCCACCCUCAAAGCGGAAGCAAUCCUCCCCGCAGGUAAUGGAAGCCAUUCCGCUUACGACUCCGCGGAGCCCAAACAUUUCAAGGGUGAACCGGUUCCGUACAUACGACGGACAGUGGAAACAGAACGGACCGCCGGACGCCAUUUCUUUCUCAUGUUCCAGCCCUAUCGUACUAUACGGCAUCGAAAUAUACGGCAGCGCUUCCGGGACGGAGACCUACAAACUGAAACUUUACCUCUUCGACGACAUGAAGGAACAGGUCCGCAGUAAUGAUGUAACUGUGACGACGGACACUAUCCGGCGCACGUAUGACGUCACAUUCGCACGGCCUGUGAGGAUACCGCCCCGCCGUAUUUUUACCGUGAUGGUGAUAAUCAAGGGUAGCCCCUGUUGCAAGGGCGUAGACGGAAGCCGGGUGGACGUCGUUGAAGGGGUAACGUUCGAGUUCUCUGACAGUAACAGGAGCUCAAACGGAACCGACGUCACCGUUGGUCAAAUACCAGGACUUCUCUUCAACAAGACCGAAUGACUUGCAAUCAAAAACGCGACCAAUGACUCACAUAACCAUGAACUGUACAUAAGGAUGCGUUAAUGUUACUGUUUUAGGCGUACAUAACAUGUUUUGUUGUGUAAUAAUAGUCUGUUUCUUUAUGGUGAACACGCCAGAUUUUAUUGAUGGCCUAUUUAUUGUGUUUACUGGGUACAAGCAUUUUUUGUUUCCCAUUUGUUCUUUGAACGCAAAACUCCGGCGGCGAUUACCAUUUUCGAAAAUGAAAUUAAAACUUUUAAAUCUAAACAAGCCUAGAGUAUUUUUUCCAGUCAAUCUUUUGUUUCAAAAGUUCAAACCUUCAUUACACUGUGACCAAUGAUAAUGGAUGGGAGCAUUCGAUCGCACGAUACGGUCGUUGACAAGAGGUCCAUUUACGUACAACUAGAAUAUUAUACAACAAUAACGGUCAUUUUAACAAUAACAUGUUUUGAAUUAUUGUUUUUCGGCUGUCAUUCCCCAAAAUGUAUAUCUGUGUUUUCACGGCGUUUGGAUUUUUGUUAUCAUAAACCAGAAAUCAAUUUCAUAAUGUCUGGCCAUGUACUAAUGGAUUUAUUAUCCGACGUUCAUUUUCUAUUGUGUAAUGAAUAACAACUGUCACUA